CUGAAAAUGUACAUGUAUCGCCCUGCUCUUGAACUGUUAAAAUGAAAAUUUGCCUUAUAUUGGCAUCUUUUAAUGACUGUGUGGAGGAGCCUUAACUUGUUAACCUGACGCAAUUUGUGCGUGAACCUACCUUUAGAAUGUAUCGAUGAACAUUUAGUGUCGUUUGGUUGGUAUACUUGCUGUCGCGACCAGUAACAAUAUGGACGUUGCCACAUUGUGUUGUUGUUUAAAUUCCAGAUUUAAAGGUCCAGGGUGUGAGAGGGGGUAAUGAUAAUUACCUUCCUUCCUGACAAUUUCACUACACCUGGGUAUUAUUCAAGCAUUGUGCAUUUCCGAGUGUAACAGUGCAGUGCUUUUUCUCUCCGAAUUUCCACCGUGUUUGCAAACAACCAGUCAAAUCAAAUUUUUCCCUGAGGUGCGUCAUGUGAAUUGUUUUUAUUGUUGUAGAGAAAACAUGUCGCUCGAAAAUUUAGACGACCGAAUUUUCCGACAAAUGAAAUUACAUGUAUCGAAGGACUUAUUUGGAGUCAAGAGCUACCAGGAGCCUCGAAUGCUGGCAAAUUGCGACAGGUUUAUACCUUGUAGAGCUGGGAAUAAUUGGGAGACUAGUUUUGCAACUUUACCAGAUACUAGUAAGACUUCACAAUCAGGGAAAAAGACGAGGGAGACAGGAGAAAAUACAAGAGACAGUUCUGUGUACAAUAUUCUGUUACGGAAUGAAUUAUUUGGAGAGACAACUGAAGACAUCAAAUCACAGUGUGACGAAAGGCAGGUGCUUACACCUGUCAAGAACAAAAACUUGUUCAGAUAUGGGACCCCAAUAAAGACUGACAAAAACUCUAAUAACAAGUUCCAAUCCACCCCAUACUCUCUUUCCCCUUUGAGUGUAAGCAGCCAGCGACUUCUGCGUUCUCCCCAUAAAGCUACCAGGAAAAUCUCCAGGAUACCAUUCAAAGUCCUGGACGCUCCAGAGCUCCAGGAUGACUUCUACUUAAAUCUAGUCGAUUGGUCCGUACAAAAUGUUCUCAGUGUCGGUUUAGGAAGCUGUGUGUACUUGUGGUCAGCAUGUACUAGUCAAGUGACGAGACUAUGUGAUUUGUCCGCGGAUGGAAACGUCGUGACAUCAGUGGCGUGGAGUGAAAGGGGGCACCUGGUUGCGGUUGGGACACAUCAUGGUUAUGUGACAGUGUGGGAUGUGGCGGUUAAUAAACAAGUUAAUAAAUUACAAGGACAUUCAGCGAGGGUAGGAGCACUCGCGUGGAAUGGAGAUGUGCUCAGUUCGGGGAGUAGAGAUAGACUCAUCUUGCAGCGGGAUACUAGAACUCCACCGUCUGUGACAGAGAGAAGACUGGUUGGUCAUCGCCAAGAGGUGUGUGGCCUAAAAUGGUCUCCUGAUAACCAAUAUUUGGCUUCGGGUGGCAAUGACAACAGAUUGUAUGUCUGGAACAUGCAGUCGUUAUCACCAGUACAGACAUACACAGACCAUUUAGCCGCUGUCAAAGCAAUCGCGUGGUCACCUCACCACCACGGUCUUUUGGCAUCUGGUGGUGGAACAGCAGAUAGAUGUAUAAGAUUCUGGAAUACCUUGACGGGCCAACCAAUGCAAAGUGUGGAUACAGGUUCACAAGUCUGCAACUUGGCGUGGUCCAAACACAGUUCGGAGUUGGUCUCAACACAUGGAUAUUCACAAAACCAAAUUUUAGUUUGGAAGUACCCCAGUCUUACACAAGUAGCUAAGUUAACUGGACAUUCAUACAGAGUGUUGUAUUUAGCUUUGUCACCAGAUGGUGAAGCGAUUGUUACAGGUGCUGGUGAUGAGACUUUGCGAUUUUGGAAUGUAUUUAGUAAAGCAAGGUCUCAAAAAGAAACUAGAUCUGUUCUUAGUUUAUAUACGGGAAUACGCUAGAAUUGAUUUUAUUUACAUCAGGUUUACACAAUUUUUGCUUUAUACAGUUGUUAUUUUAUAUUUAUAAUAUAUUUAUUUUGUUUUACAGUAAACGGCGUAUUUACACGGAAGUUUUAAUUAUUCGAAGUAAUUAAGUUAGGGCGGUUUCUGAGUGUGACACUAUAUUUUUUUCUGUUUUGUGUACAGAAAGCUUUAUUUUUUGUGUGUUAUUCUAAGAAGUGAAAAAGAUUGAAUAGAAUAUUUACUGUGUUCUUUCUUUUAAAUAAAUGUACAAGUGUAAAUAAACGGAAUUACCGAA